AUGACUUUAACAAAACCUUCUCUUAAAACAAUCAGUCGGCUUGUUCCUCCACUUUCCUAUGAACUCCAUAAAGGACAAUCCGGCCGAGUCGGUGUUAUUGGUGGCUCUGAAGAUUAUACGGGAGCCCCAUAUUUUAGUGCGUUUUCAGCCUUGAAACUC